UUUACUUAUGGGAAAGGCAUUAUGAUGGUUAGUUAGAUGUACGAGGUGUGCCUAUUGGUCUUCAUUCAUAUGACAACAAGCGAGGAAACAAUGCUAAUCUUCCUUCUCGCAUAUCUCAGCUGAUCAGAGGCAGGUACAACAAACUUUUGAUGGUUUCAAGACAAAUUGAAAUUUACCUGGAUUUAACGAACUCAACUGAACAGAAGCACCUGGAUCAACAUUAGCAAAUCGUGUCUUGGCGCUCAAAACUUAUAUAAUAGUAAUAUCAUAAUAGAUUUUACCAUCGUUUCGUUCAGAGAGGGAAGAAAGUUCGUUUUUUAUCAAUAUAGAUUUUCAAUUUUGAAAUUUGUGGUUAGAGUACUGUACUGUGUUUUCCUGUAUUACCGGGAAUUAGCAGAGCUGAGAGAUGAUGGGGAUUGAUUAUAUUGACAAGUGGAUCUAUGUGUCUGUGAUUGUAUUGGCUAUUUUGUCAAAUGUCCACUGUCAGUCAGUUGCAAAGGAGAUUAAUGGAACCUUAAUAGAUUUAUCAGGAACGUGGCAAGAAGACUAUAGUGACUCAGAAAGUCAAAUUUAUUCAGAUUUAAAAAGUAAUUUAACCACACGACUUGAAUUAACAUUUAGUAACGAAAAUGUUGAUGUAUUAAGUGUGACACUUUCUAAUUUUAGAGAACCCAAUGUUACGGCGGAUGUCAGUCUAUCAAUAAAUACAUCGUUAAGCGACAUGGAUAUAUUAAAUAUAAUAUUGCUGGGAGAACUAAUCCAGUCUUUGCGGCUACAAAAUGUAUCUAUUUUCAACAUUACUCCAAGUACAAAUAACCCAGCGCCAUCCAUCAUAACCGAAUCUCAACAACAAACUUCAAACAAUGUAGAAACAUCUAGUACAUUGAUGACUACUGGCCCGUCCACUGAAUGGUCAAACCAAGACCAAACAGCUGUCGAUAUACAACCUACUUCAAUAACAAAAAUGACAGCCACAGAUACUGCAUCCGAAAUAAGCCCAGAAUCGUCAUCAAAUAUCGAAAAUUUAUUUGUUCCGGCCAGCUCUUUAAUUGCCGAAUCAUCACCAGGCCUUCAAACUCCUAGUGUGGUAAACUCAGUUAAAGUAACAUCAAUGACAUUAGGUGAACAGGAAACGACAACACAGACUGGGGAACCAACGUCUGAGAUAAUUGUGGCAUCAUCAAGUGAACAACCAACUGUUGCCACUACUUCCUUGGCCGAACAACCGCUUCAAACAUCUUAUGAUGUGCCCCAAUCGAGCACACCUGUUCUUCAGCAAAGUUCGUCGACAAUGGAUGCUUUAAAAGAAGAGACCUUGUCUAGUUCAGAGAUAGUAAAACUGGAAUCUCCAAUAGCAGUAGUCGAGUCUUCAUCUCAAGAUUUUUUCCGUACUUCUUCUCAAGAUGUAAUUGUAUCUUCUACUCCAGCGGUACUCCAGAAAUCCUCUCAAUAUAUAAUACAGUCCUCAUCUGAACCCGGAUCUUCUCAAUUUGCCGACCAAUCAUCCUCCCAAGCAGCAACAGUCGAAUCGUCGCCUGAGGUAGCAAUGCAGUCUACCUCCAACACAGUUAUUCAAUCCUCCUCUCCAGUAGCAGUACAGGAUACAACCCACACCUCCAUGGAACACCAAACAAUACCUAGUUUUCAUAUGACUACUUCGAUUGUGAACGAUUCUGACCAAUUUGAGCUUUCGGCAACUACCUCUAAUCAGGUUACGGUACAGUUAUCAUCUGUGUUUCACGAAUCAGCUCUACAAGAGUCAAGUUCUGUUACUGCUGUGGAGUCUAGUCGAUUGGUGGAUGUAAUAAAGACAAGUUUGUUAGUGUCUUUACAAACUUCCACACCAUAUUCCACAAAGCAAGCUGAAAUGGUCAUGUCUUCAACACUUCCUCUGCCAGAAUCAAGCGAUAUUUAUAUGUUGAGCUCAUCAUUAAAUCCUGAAACAUCAUCAGAGGUAGUUAUUGCCGGAGGUAAAGAGACAAGUACCGUACAAGAGCUGCCGAAUACUUCGUUUGUGAAAUCGACAAUAGAAAUGUCGAUCGGGGCAUCAUCUUCAAUAACACACUCUGGGGUUUCAUCGUAUGAAGUUCAAAAGGAAUCGAGUACUAGAUACACAGAAGAGAGCUCAACGCAUAUGCCAGAUGGAUCUUCCUCUAUUUUUACGGAAUAUUUUUCUCCUAGUAGAUCAUCAAUGUUGAAUGCAGAAAUCUCUACACCCAUGCAAUCUGAAGUGUUGGCCAGUAAUUAUGUUAAAUCUACAGAAAUGGCACAAACCACAUCAUUGACUUUAAGGUCCAGCUCUUCAGUGAAUGUAGAAGUAUUCCCUUCGCAGUCAAGUUCCAUUGAAUUUUCUUCGCCGUACAUAACAUCAGCUAAAUAUACGGAAAUGUCCUCGAGUAUGUCGUCUUCUACUAUUAUUCCCACUUUUGCAACAGAAACCAAAGUCAUAGAAACUAAUUCAAUACCUGAACAAGAGGCUCUUUCGACAGAUUCUAGUUGGGAAGGAUCGCCAUCAGCUUCCAUGAUACGAGAAUCAUCUUCAGUUGUCACCAUCAUACCAACAAAAUCCAGUGAAAUGGAAUCGUCCCAAUCCACCGAGGCAACGGAACAGUUAACAUCAGAAUCAUUCAUUAUUAUGGCAACAGAAUCGAUAAACACGUCGCCCUCAGUUGCUGCCUCUGAAGAAGUGGUGAACUCGUAUUCUACAAGUAUGUACCAACCCAUGGUGUCCAUGUCUGUUUCGUCAUUCUAUGAAGUAUUGACGAGUUCUUCACCAAUAAUGGCAACAGAAUCCCAAUCCUCUUCUUCGGGAAUGUUACUUAUCUCGGAUUCAGUCGUGACAUCACCAUCCUCCGCUAUAUCACCGACGGUGGAAGUAUCAUCUUUAUCACUGGAUUUGACAGAAAUAACAUCUACAAAUUCAAUGAUUCAAAGUUAUUCCAGUUCAUAUUUAGAACAGCUAUCCCAUUCAACAGAGGUAGCAUCAUCAUCAAGUGAAGUGGCUUUGCCUAAACCAGACCAGUCAUCGUCAUCCAUUUUUAUGUCUGAAGCAUCAGACAUGUCUACUAAGUCACAUUUGGUAUCUCUAACGGAAAUGAUCAUGGCGUCAGAAGUAUCAUCAUCCUCUGCUUUUGUGGUCACGGAACUUUCAGAAAUUCGAGGCUCCUCGUCAACCAAUAUUUUGUUACCUAUUGUGUCGUCAUCAUCAAGCAUAGAUUCGGGAUUGGUUAUGACAUCUUCAUUUGGAGUUAUCGAUAUGUCUAUAGACGAACUGAGUUCGUACCCUUCGUCAUCAUCAACAAUAUUACCAAUUAUAUCACAAUCACCAGAGAUGGUUUCCUCGUCAACUGACCUACCUUUACCAGCACAGAGUACCAGUAUCAUGUCAACAUCGGCGACGGUAUCGGACAUUAUAUCAAGCGACCCAACUAGUCAAAUGUCAGAGUUAUCACAUAUAAUGUCCUCAUCAGAAAUUUCAUCCUCACAAAUGGAAACUUCUUUAUCUAUAAUGGAUUUUUCAUCAUCGACUGCACUGCCUGUUUUACCGUCCUUGGAGUUAUCGGAAUCCCCAAGUGUUAGUUCCGUGCCGUUUAUUUCAUCAGAACUGGAAACAUCAGCAUAUUCAAGUCUUAGCCGAGAGUCAGAAAUCGUAUCGCCAUUCUCCUCAAUGAAUGUAAUCUUACCAACACAAAUGACAUCAUCGUCCGAGGUGGUGUUCUCAGAAAUGGUCACUUCAUCCAUGGGUGUAAUUUUGCCAUCGAUACUCUCAUCUUCGUCGAUAGAAACAAUUGUAUCAUCAAUAUCAUCAAGUCUUAGCUCAGAGUCCUUUAUGUCAUCAGAAAUGGUAUCACCAUCUUCCUCAAUGAAUGUGAUCUUGCCAACACAAAUGACAUCAUCGUCCGAGGUGGUGAUCUCAGAAAUGGUCACUUCAUCCUCCAUGGGUGUAGUUUUGCCAUCGAUACUCACAUCUUCGCCGAUAGAAACUAUUUUAUCGUCAACAUCAUCUAGUCUUAGCUCGGUGGCGUUUAUGUCAUCAGAAAUAGUAUCGUCAUCUUCCUCAAUGAAUGUGAUCUUGCCAACACAAAUGACAUCAUCUUCCGAGAUGCUGUCCUCAGAAAUGAUCACUUCAUCCUCCAUGAGUGUAAUUUUGCCAUCGAUACUUACAUCUUCGCCGAUAGAAACGAUUUUAUCGUCAACAUCAUCUAGUCUUAGCUCAGUGGCAUUUAUGCCAUCAGAAAUGGAAUCGUCAUCUUCAUCCUUGAUUGUUAUCUUGCCAACCGAUGUGGUCUCCUCAGAAAUGGUACCAUCGUCCUCGUUUGUGUCAGAAUUAUUACCUGUACUGCCAUCGGAAUUACAUUCAUCAUCAGUGGACUCUUCUUCGUUAGAUAUAUUUUCAUCUUUUUCCUACCUCAUAACAUCUUCAGAUCUUAUGGAAUCAGAUAAGAUACUCACAUCAUCAAUGGCUACACCCUUUUCCUCGAUAUCAUUACCAGAAAUAACAACAUCCUCUGAAAUGACAUCAUCAUCGCUGAUUAUGAUACCGUCCUCUGAAAUAUCAAGUUCCUUAAUGCUGGCAUCUCCUAUUUUAACCUCUUCGUCAAUGUACUCGUCCUUAGUUAUGGAACCGUCGAUGUCAAUAUCUUCUGUAGAGGUUAUUACAUCUUCCAGUCAAAUGGUAUCGGAAGAAAUAUCAACAUUAUCAAUGGUAUAUUCUUCUUUUGAGAUGAUAACAACUUCUUCCUCAGUACCAUUACCAGAAAUAAAAACUUCCUCUGAAAUGACAACGUCCUCAUCUUUGAUUAUGAUACCGUCAUCCGGGAUACCUUCAUCGGAGAUGUCUGCCUCAUCUUCCACAGCGAUGAUACCUUCCUCCGAAACAGCUACGUCUUCUUCCAUAGUCAUGAUACCAUCCUAUGGAAUGACCACAACAUCCUCUGACAUGAUAUCCUCUACUUUAUUGACGCCAUCCUCUGGAAUUGUUAGUUUGUCAUCCAAUAUGGUUUCCUCUUUAGAAAUGAUGACAUCGUCGAUACUGGCUUCGUCGCCACUAAUGGAAACAUCAUCCAAAAUAAUGACAACGUCCAUGCUUGUACCAUCAUCAUAUUCAUCAUUAUCAGUAAUCCAAACAUCCACUAUGCCAUCAUCGUCUUUGGAGAUAGUAGCCUCAUCGGUAUCAUCAUCAACAACACGAAUUAUGGCUUCAUCAGAGAUGGCAACGUCUUCGUCAGAAAUAGCAGCAUCUUCAUCGAUUAUGGCCACAUCCUCAGUCAUUAUUGUGUCAUCAGAAAUAACACCAUCACCAAGCAGUUCAAUGAUAGUAACAUCAUCGUUAGUGAUUACAAGUCCUCGUCCUAUAGUAACGGUGGAGAUAGAUGGCCGGUUUAGGAUAACCAACGGUAGCAUAUGGUCAGAUGCACUGAACAAUAAAACAACUGUUGAGUAUAUAACUUUGAAAAAUGACUUGAAAACAAAGUUAGAUAAGAUGUUUAAAAACAGUGAUUUAAAGGAUACCUUCAAGAAUAUUAACGAUGACGUUACUUUUAGUCAAGGAAGUGUGAUAGUUGAUUAUUCUGCUACGUUCCAAGGUUUUGAGUCAGUGUCUCCCGAUGCAGUCACGAAAGUCUUUAAAGAUAGUAUAGCAAGUAAUAAUAAUUUACUGGGAACCUAUACAAUCGAUGAACAAACCAUAGAGCAUCAAGAGAAAGGAUCCACCACAGCAACGACACCAGCACCAGGUGGUGUUCCACCAAAAUCUCAACUAUUACCACAUUGGGCUAUAGCGGUUAUAGUUUGUGGGGGCGUAUUAUUACUGUUCUUGUUAUUUAUGAUGUGUGUACUGUGUUCAAGGAGGCAUACAAGACAGAAAUACAGAAUGCCAGAAGAUCCAGAUGAUAUAGGUUACAGAAGAUCGUGGGCUAGUUCCAAUUCUGGUAGUGGAGAAUUUACAUAUGAAAACAAACUAGAAAUCUCAGAUAGCUUAGAUAAUAAUAGAAAACAGCCUUUAGCAGAGAAUGCAGAAAUAGCAUUAAAUGAUUCUUCACCUAGACAUGCUGCUCUCGAUUCGCAAAAAACUACAACCUUAUGAUCCUGUUUGUAUGUGUGCAUGUAUGCAUGAAAAUAGUAACGGAAAGUCUGGAGUAAAAUUAAACGGUAACAUAGGAAAUGGAAAGACAACAUUAUUUGAUAUAGAGCAAGAAUCGUGGGAGACUCAUUUAUAGAAGCUAUAGUGUUGCUACUUAAUUCCUUCAUACAGAAGCAAAAUGUGAUAGACUGAAUCUUAUUGACGUUGUCGUCAUUGAUGCAUAUUGUAGGGCGUGUAUAGCCACCGUAAUAUUCCUGAAAGUGUGCAUGUUUAAUAACUGUUAACGUUCUUCAUCAUAAAUGGACCAAGAACUUCUUUUGCUCAGGGAAGUAUUUCCUCAAUAUAUGUUGUUCGUUUUUGUUUAUGUAAGUUUAGUGAUAGUGAAAUUCUAUGCAACCCUGAAAUUAUGUUAUAAUUUAGACUUAAGUUAUUAACAAGUUGAGUAAAUGCUUCGCGGAGCAAAUAAAAUGUUUUUGUGCCCAGUCAUGUGGCUAUUAUGUGUGAGAUUAUUAUUAUAAAUUCAUUUCUAUAAUGUAAAUAAAUAUAUAGAUAUAUAUAUAUAUUUUUUUUAUAUCAAAUAUUGUUAAUAUUAAUUAUUGUAUAUUUUAUUACAUACUAUUAAGUAUAUUGUAGAUUUAUAUUAUUGGAUUAGGGAAAUAUAAUCCCUCAUAACGUGUAGCAUAACCCAUAGACCACUUUGUGUAUAAUAAUGUUACCCAUCUUUAUAAUAUCAAGAUAACGACGAUGCAUAUGUCACUAGCUAGCUUAGUGAGUCAUUUGUUUAUUAGUUAAUAGAACAUGGCAUAGCGAGAAAUGAAUGUGUCUGUGUUUGUUUUAGGUUGAAAUCAUUUGUGUCGUAUUAUCAUUCCUUCUAGACAAAACCGUACAAACCAUUGUUUAAAUAAAAAUAAGAGCGAUUCUCUCUUAUUUCAUACAAAAACGAUUCAAUGUUAAUAAAAAUAAGAGCGACGUCCCUUAUUUCAUAUACAAUGAUUCAGUUAUUUGUAAAUGAAUAUUUGUAGGAUAAAUUCUGUGAUUCCACUCGUCAUUCAACUCGCGCUACUUUAAUAAUAUUAUCAAUAAGCAAUAAAACCACAAGGAGCAUGGUGAAAUAUAUUUUACAGCAAUACGUGCAGAAUAUUAACUAGUCAUUUAGAUAGUAUCGACCAUUUUCUCGUAUUAUUUGUACAAAUAUCGUAUUAAAAAGUCUCGUUAUCAACUCUAUCAUUAUACAUGUCUCCGGUUUUGAUUAUUUUAUUAAACAUUUUUUUUCCUGUUGAAUAUUAAAAUUAUAUAAAUUUAUAUAUGUAUACUAUACAUUGUGAUGAAGGAAGUCUGUCUAUAUGUACACGUGAUAAUUACCUAUACAUUCAUUUUCUUUAUGUAAAUAUGUUUAUGUAUUGUUAAAAGUAUAUACAGUAACCAAAUUAAACCAUGGUCAACAGCAGACCAUUAGCAAUAUUAAUAGUGUUCAAUUGAAGAACCAUUAUCACUUUAACAUAGAAAAUAAAUGUAUUUUAUAUUGGACAAUGUUAUAUUUAAAACUACUAUCCAUCUAGUUAGAGAGAAGUAUUUUGUCUCAUCGUUCGUUUUACUGAAUAGUCAAAUCAUGUUAAAUUGAAAUUAUUUUUACCCACUGACGACGAGCUCGAAACCGCAAAUUCCUCUUUAGAACCGGGGAGAAAGGGGGGGGGGGGGUAUCUCAUUUCGAGCUGGCCAAUCCCACAUGUCCUCAAAAAAUGUGCCUUGUUUUGAACGUGUUCUGGGUGUGAUAAACUAUUAGUAUUAAAUUAAAACUAUAAUGUUUUGUUUUUGUUUAAAAAAAAAAUAAAUUUAGGCACAUUUAAUAUUACAUUUUCAUUAAUUACAAUACACCAUUGUGUGAAUAUAUUAAUUCUAUUAUGUUUUAUGAAUUCAUCGAUAAAAACUGCUUCAAAAUUAUUAUGCUGUUUAUAGAUUCUAAUUACAUAUUUUUGUAUAUUAAAUUCCCAAUGGUGUCGUUUUCGUUGUAUUAUAUUGUAUGAUCUCAUUCUUGUACAUUAACAUGCAUUAAUAUACAUCAUAAAAGACAUGGAAAUAAUUAAUAUUAUACACUGGCAUUUCUUUCAAAUAACAAUGCCCAGAUCCAAUAUACAAGAAUUGUUCUAUCUUAAAACUACCCCGCAUAAAAUAAGUGCUCAGUUAUUUAAAUCCUUACUCUAGAACCCGGGGCCUGUUUCACGAAAUCUUAACUAAAGAUAAAAUCCAAAUUUUAGUAGAUACUUCAAUUUUGAUUGGCUAAGCACUAAAAUCCAUCUAAUAUUAUCCAAUCAAAUUACUAAAAUUUGGAUUUUAUCUUAGUUAAAAUUUCGUGAAACAAGCCCCUGGUUCCUUAAAAUCUGCAGUGAUGAGAUACUCUCAAUAUAAGUGCUGAAAAAUACAACCUACUUCAAACUGUAUUUUCGUUUCGUAUAUUUUAAUGAUCACUCCAUUUACAGAAAUAACAAAACGAAACGAAAUGUCGGUGAGUAUCUACAUUUAAGACUUGGUUACAGAUACCGUUCAUUGUCUGACAUAAAAAAAUAGGUCACAAAAACUUAGAACAUUUCGUCCUUGUUCUUGCCAUUCCAUGUAAAUACUUUUUUUAUAUACAUAUCGUUCACAAUAUCAUUUUUUUAAAUAAUAAAUUGUGUUAUUAUUAAUGUCUAUAUUUGUAUAAUUACUAUGAAUUAAAAUCUGCAUUUAUUGCAGUAUUUGUACAUUUUUAUGCAAAAAGUAUAUUAUACAGAAACGAUAAACUUGCAAUUUAUUCAGUAUUUUGAUACCAUUUUUUUUUCUUCAAAACAUGUAAUUAUUAUAUCUAUUGUAUAACUCAUACCUUAUUUCAUAAAUACAUUCCACUAUA